AUGGGUUUUGACAGCCGCGAGAUUGCUACAUGCGAGCGUCUUGUUGGUACAGGGCUCUACGAGCGGCCACGUCUUACUCGCAUGUUGAUAUUCCAGAAUACAGAUGCAGCAAGUGCGCUCUAUGAGACAUUCCCUAUCAAAGCAGCACCAAAAGGUCUCUUGGUCCAGAUAACAGUACUGCCUGAAGCGCAUUGA